CGCUACUCAGAUAUCUUCAGUAGAAGAAGAUAAGAUAAAUAAACCAUUCCGUCCAAUUCCCUCUGGCCUUACAACAGUUAAAGGCGCUAAAUGUCGUCUAAUGACUAUCUCUAUUAUCUUCCCGAUUGUAUCAUAUCUGCUUGGUGGCACAUUAUCGCUUAUUUAUGCUUUCAUAUUCCAAAUUUGGGUUAUCCUUUAUGAAAAGUUCAACCUACAUAGCAAUGCAUUUUUUAAAAAUUUUUUCACAACUUUCGCCGCAUGGACCGAAUUCUCCUGCUGCUAUUAUAUUAUUAUUGUGAUCACACUUCAAGUUCAAGAUUUUAGGGAUCAGAAGGGUGAUAAGUUUGUUGGUCGCAAGACACUCCCUAUUCUUAUAGGUGAUAAAUUUUGUAGAUUGUUAACAGUUGUGACGUCAGCUAUAUCAUUAUUAGUUAUAUUUUAUAUUUCAUAUGGUCCUUUGGCAUUUAAGAAAAAUCUUAAAGUUAAUGCUAUUGAUGGAUUUAUACUACAUGAAUUUGUUAUUGUAGAAUUCAUUCUUAUAGUCUUAAAUAUCUGUUAUUGUAUUAGAUUAAUUUUAUAUAGACAACCAAAGCAGGAUAAUAUUACCUACCAAAGAUGGUAUUCUAGAUGUUCAGGCGUUUUGGAACCUCCAAUUCAAAGUUUACGAUAUGUUAAGCAAAUUGGAAAAGUGUUGUUGCCCACAGAAACUGCUAAUUUUUUAACUAUAAAACGCAUUGAUCGUUCCAUUGAUGAAUUGAAUAAACCCUCUACCCCCACUGGUCAAUCAUAUCAUAGAGAAUCGAACUCAUCUCCUCACAAAGUUCAAAUACCAGUUUUAUCGGGGUGUUCGAUAAAACCGAUAAAAAUUCCGUCUUCUGCGUUUUCUGAUUUAUCAGAUUAG